CCCUCCCGGAGGAGCAGAAUGAAGUAACGAGGAACGGCUGCGAAUCCAAGGAGCUGGUCUACCUGGUACAGAUCUCUUGUCAGGGGAGGAGCUGGAUCGUGAAGCGGAGCUAUGAGGAUUUCAGGGUGCUGGACAAACACCUUCACCUCUGCAUUUACGACCGGCGCUUCUCGCAGCUCUCGGAGCUGCCCCGCUCCGAUGCCCUGAGGGACAGCCCGGAGCUUGUCACCCAGAUGCUGAUGGCUUACCUGUCCCGGCUCUCAGCCAUAGCAGGCAACAAGAUCAACUGUGGGCCUGCUCUCACAUGGAUGGAGAUUGAUAACAAGGGGAAUCACCUGCUAGUCCAUGAGGAAUCAUCCAUUAAUGUUCCUGCUAUUGCUGCUGCCCAUGUUAUUAAGAGAUAUAUUGCUCAAGCAGCAGACGAGCUGUCCUUUGAGGUGGGAGACAUAGUGUCUGUUAUUGAUAUGCCACCAAAGGAGCUGACCACGUGGUGGAGAGGGAAACAUGGAUUUCAGGUUGGAUUUUUCCCUAGUGAGUGUGUUGAACUAAUUAAUGACAAAGUUCCUCAGUCUGUGACCAAUUCUGUGCCAAAACCAGAUUUGGAGCUGGAUAGUGUAAAGCCAGGUUCUGCAUGUGUUACAGAGGCUCUGAACCAGUCCCAGCUGAGCUCAGUGUCCAAAAAACACGGCAAGCUCAUCACCUUCCUUCGUACAUUCAUGAAGUCGCGCCCAACAAAACAGAAACUGAAACAGCGGGGGAUCCUGAAGGAAAGGGUGUUUGGCUGUGACCUGGGAGAGCAUCUUCUCAAUUCUGGCCAUGAUGUCCCCCAGGUCCUCAAGAGCUGCACGGAGUUCAUCGAGAAGCACGGCAUCGUGGACGGGAUCUACCGCCUGUCCGGGAUCGCCUCCAACAUCCAGAAGCUCCGCCACGAGUUUGACUCAGAGCAGAUUCCUGACUUGACAAAGGACAUUUACAUCCAGGACAUUCACUGCGUGGGCUCCCUCUGCAAACUCUACUUCCGUGAGCUCCCCAACCCUCUGCUGACCUACCAACUCUACGAGAAGUUCUCAGAUGCUGUUUCUGCUGCUACCGAUGAAGAGCGGUUGGUGAAAAUCCACGAUGUCAUCCAGCAGCUGCCCCCUCCCCACUACAGGACAUUGGAGUUCCUAAUGAGACACUUAGCUCGUCUAGCUGAUUACUGCUCCAUCACAAAUAUGCACACUAAGAACUUAGCAAUCGUCUGGGCUCCAAACCUCCUAAGGUCAAAGCAGAUUGAGUCUGCCUGCUUCAGUGGGACAGCUGCCUUCAUGGAGGUGAGAAUCCAGUCAGUAGUUGUGGAAUUCAUCCUGAACCACGUGGAUGUCCUCUUCAGUUCCAAGCUCAGCUCAGUCAUACGGGAUGGAGCAGGGCACAGUUCUUUAUCACGGCCCAAGUCUCUGUUGGUGUCCUCUCCUUCCACAAAGCUGCUCACACUGGAGGAGGCACAGGCACGGACACAAGCCCAGAUCAACUCUCCCAUCGUGGCAGACAGCAAAUACAUAGAAGUGGGAGAAGGCCCUGCAGCUUUACAGGGGAAAUUCCACACAGUCAUAGACUUCCCAUCCGAAAGAAAAAGGCCACCCAGCAAGAUGAAGAAAUCACCAGUGGGCAGCUGGCGUUCCUUCUUCAACCUGGGAAAAUCAUCGUCCGUCUCCAAACGCAAACUGCAGCGCAACCCCAGCGAGCCCUCAGAAAUGAAAGCCAUAGCCCUGGCAGGGGGGCGAGGAGACAGCGGGACCCUGCGCUCAGCUAAAAGUGAGGAGUCACUGACCUCUCUGCACGCUGUGGAUGGUGAACCUAAACUGUUCCGACCCAGGAGACCAAGGUCCAGCAGCGACGCGCUCUCUGCUUCCUUCAACGGAGAGCUCCUGGGAAACAUCAACCGCUGCAAUUCUUACGACAACCUUCCCCACGAGGACAGCGACGGGGACGAGGGGCUGAUCCAUGUUCCUGCCCUGAUUUCUCCUCGAUCUGCUGAGGACGUUGACCUGAGCCCGCCGGAUAUCGGCGUCGCUAGCCUGGAUUUUGACCCCAUGUCUUUUCAGUGCAGCCCACCCCAAGCAGAGUCCGAGUGCCUGGAUAGCAGCACCUCCCUGCUGGAGUCAGUUGGCAUAAACAAGGAGAAGCCAAGCCUACUCAAGAAGGAUCUAGAGUCAGGCAGCCAGUCCCAGACACCAGGCAGUGCCACGAGCUCUGAGCCAGUUUCCCCUUUCCAAGAGAAGAUGAGUCCCUUCUUUACCCUGGACCUGAGCCCAACUGAGGAGAAGGCCUGCAAACCCCCAACCUUCUCACCCAAGCUGGGGAGGAAGCCCAUCAAAUCUCCACCACUGACUGCAUCAGAACCCGUCUCCUUUGCGCUGCCCAGCCGCAUGUCAGAAGGGAUUGGAGGAGUGUCCAUCACAUCCAGAAACUCCUCUGCUUCCAGCUGGAGCAAAGGGAUCGGCAUCACCGAAAUCACAAACAGGUCCCCAACCCAGAUGUCCUUGCCCCUGAAAAACAGUGAAUCAGAAGCAGGGGAAGGAGCCCACCAAGAGCGGCAGCAUGCCCAGCUGCUGGCUGCUGGCAAACCAGAGUUGCCAGAAGAAGGGGAGAGACCAAUGUCAAGCAGUCAGAAUAAGACUGUACCCACUGGACACACACAGCCAGGAGCAGUUGCCCUCGACUCCCCCCAGGAUCCUGUUCCCGUCAGUUCUGUGUCUCUUAUCCCUCCUCCUCCUCCGAAAAACGCGGCGCGCAUGCUAGCCCUAGCGUUAGCCGAGUCCGCGCAGCAAGCGUCCGCUCAGGCUCAGAAAAGGCCAGGAGAUGCUCCCUCUGAAAGCACAAAUUAUGGAGAGACGGAAGCUGGCACAGCUCUAGAAAAGCUCCAUCUCUCUGCUGGUGCUCCAGACAAGCUCCACCUCUAUACUGGUCUGCCCGAGAACCGACUUCACUUCCAGCCUGGUGCACCAGUAGAGCAGGAUUUCCAAGGUAGCAGCACACCUGGGGAGCAGAACCACCCGCCCGGUGCGCCUGGAAACCGGGAAGCCCCACCUCUCCACACUGGCAUGCCUGGGGACAUGCCUGGUAGCAGAGAUGCAGAGCAGGAGCAGUCCAGCUUCCAUCCUGGGGAAGCGGGGGACAAAGAUCCCUUCCCCUGCCACGCCGGGGACUGGGAGCACACAGCCCAGCACCCUGCAGGUGUGCUGCCUGACUGGGAGCCACCCGCAGCAGAUGUGUCCGUAGAUAAACCCCACCUCCAUGCGUGCGUGUCUGGGGACAAGCACCAGGUUCCUACGGGCACGGCCGAUGACAAACUUCAGUCUCCUCCUGCCCUAACUGCCGGGGAGAAAGGCAGCCCGGCUGCAGUGCCGUAUCUAACCACCCUCCAGCCAGCAGAGCCCAGCUGUGGGCUGCCAGCAGCUCCAGCCCCGGCAGAGGCAGCGGUUCCCGCAGCGCAGCGCCCGGCGCAGAGGCCCGAGCACCAGGCAGCCACGGGACAGGUGCCGGCGGCCGCCGCUAAAGCACCGAGCGGCUCCACGCAGGUUUGGGGCACAACCACACCUGAAAAACCACCUGAGCCUGCUCCUGGUUUUGUCCCAGAAAGCACCUGCACCACCCGCUGCUCCUCCUCUGUGCCCACGGGCCACCAGAGCCACUUUGAAAAGCCUCGGGAGGCCACGAGGGCUCCCCCGCUGCACCUGCGCUCCGAGUCUGUUCCGACUCACUCCUCCUACAGCUUCACACCCCCUGUCCCCCCCGUGAGAACGCUGGAGAGCAAGAUUGCUGCUGCCAUGCACUCCAACAACACCGACGCCAUCAACAACUCCAACUAUCACGCCUUCCUGGCCUCCCCCAUGCUGGCCUCCUCCGUGGAGGAAGCGCUGCUGCCGCCGCCACCACCUCCCCCACCCAAGCACGCUGCCCUGCAGUCGGUGUACGUGCCGCACCCCAAGCCGGAGAGCAUCCCCGAGCCCCCGGGGCCAGACAGCUACGUGCACCACAAGCCGGCUCCCAUGCACCAGUACCGGCCCGAGAGCGUUCCUCCCCACCUCUCCUACCACGGCAAGCCCGACCAGCACCAAGCCUACCCCCCUCGCUCCGAGACCCCCGCUUCUGCGGGCGCUCGCUACAACACCUACACCACCCAGGGGAAGAGCAGCUCCGCUCUCCACUCCAAGCCUCGCAGCAGGACGGAGUUUGUGUCCUCGGUGAGCCCCACGGGCCCGCGCAACGCCAGCUACGCCGAGGAGGCCCCCCCCUACCCCACCAUCCGCAGGGUCCAGUCGCUGCACGUCCCCACCCCCGCUGCCUCCGCCAUCCGCUCCGUCCCCAUUUCCCGCACCGAGGUACCUCCGGACGACGAGCCCGUCUACUGCCCGCGGCCCCUCUACCAGUACAAGCCGUACCAGCCCCACUCCGACUACCACGUCACCCAGCUGCAGCCUUACUUUGAGAACGGGCGGGUCCAUUACCGCUACAGCCCUUACUCCAGCUCUUCCGGAUCCUCUUACUACACCACUGCCGACGGGGGCUUUUACGACCUGGACCCCUACAGCACCGUGAGGGUCCGGCCCUUCCACCCCCUGCCCACCAGGGACUUCCCAGCCUACGCCUCCCGGCUGCAGAGCAAAGGUCUGUACCGCUACCCCAGCCUGUCCGCCUACCCUCGGGGCGGCCUCGUCGGGCACCUGGCAGGCAAGGAGCACAGCUUCGUCAGCAGAGACGUGCCUCCCGCCCCGGACAUCAAGCACGUCUACAUGUCGUGGGACCUGGAGGACAUGGAGAAGUACCGCCUGCAGUCCAUCCGCCGGGAGAGCCGCACGCGCCAGAAGGUGAAGGGGCCGCUGAUGUCCCAGUAUGACAACGUGGCCCCGCUGCUGCCUGAGGAGCUGGGGGGGCUGGAUGUGAUUCACCUGCGCAGCAAAUCGGAUCCUGGGAAAACUGGGCUCCUGACCGUGGCGGAAGGGAAGGAGGGGAGGUACCCGGCCAAAGCGGGGACGCCCGAGGGGGACGAACGUUACUACGUGCAGCACCCCGAGCCGGAGCCGGACAGAGCCCACUACCACGGGGCCUACGGGAACGGGCAGGCGGAGAAGCCGUCCCUUCCCCAGAAGCAGAGCAGCGUCCGGAGCAGGAAGCUGCACGAGCCAGGCUGCAGCACCAACGAGCACAGGACACACUUGCAGCAGGAAGCCAGCCAUAGGCAGCCUUCCGAGCCCAAGAACGGGCCCCCUUAUCCCGACUACAGGCCCAAAGGUGGCCCAGAGCCCUCCGAGCCCAUCGGGUACCAGCACUCGGGCGGGAAGUACAUCCCAGCAAACCAGGACACCCUGAGGCUGAACCACAAGGAGAUGAGGCUGGCAGAGGACAGGCCAGAUUUGGAGAGGUCUCGAGCCAGGCCGACCCCAUCCAUGGAGAAACACUCCAGAGACUGCUAUAAAGAGGAGGAACACGCUGCCUCCCCCAUGGCACCACCCCCCAAGCCUGAACGGAGCCACAGCCUCAGAAUGCAGCACCCCGAAUCCAUGGAGAGGGACUCUGCCCUCCUCUACCCUUACCAAACCCUUGGGAAACGCCAAAGCACUAUGACUGUGGUGUCCCAGUACGAUAAUUUGGAGGAUUACCAUACCAUGCCUCAGCACCAAAGAGGGGGCUAUGUCGGAGGAGGGAGCUUUGUGCCCCCCAGUUUUACCCACGUGCACAGUAGAACUUACGCCACGGCCCUCGGCCAGGGAGCCUUCCUCCCCACGGAGCUGUGUUUGCAGAGGCCUGAAACAGAGGUCCACGUUGAGUGAGCUGGCGUAGGGGGGAAGGAGGGAUAGAGUCUAAGCAGCCUCUGCUGGACAGUGGACUGUUUUAUUUUUUCAGUGACGGAAAAAAAAAAAAAAAAAGAAAACAAACAAACAAAAAAACCCCAACCCAACCCCAACCCUGUCCUGCUGAGCAAAGCAAACCCACCUUCAGUCCCAGCCCUCCCUGCCCACCACUCACUGUUUUUAUGUAGUAGAGAUAGAGCUUUUUCAUGUAGUUUUGAGACAACUGGAAGGACAGGGCAGGCUGUUGGCAGACAGAUGUUGCCAGAGAGGCCAGGCAGAGCUGAAAGAUGCUGUUGGGGCAGGGAGGGAAGAAAAAAUGGAGUGUUUUUCUUCCCCAGGUUUGACAUUGGCAGUCACCACUGCUUCCUCACCACGCCUCCAUGGUCCUGUGCAUGAUGGACCGUGCAUGCAGCUGUUCCCCCUGUGAGCCCCAUGUGUCAUGAGUUGCCCUUCCCACUGCCAGCUUCCAAGAAAGGAGCUCCAUGACAUGCCUUGGAAGAACCACGGUUCUGCCCCCUCUUGAGGUUACGCAGCAAGAGUGGGCUAAAAGCUGGGCGGGAGGGAAGUCUUUUUCUUCUUGAUAAAUGCUGAGGUCCUGCCUCUUCCCUUGACAAAGCUUAGGCAGAGUGGAUCCACCUCAGUUGCUUUGCAGUGGGUGGGAGCCUGUUUUGACUUCAAGCCUGUGGAGUAGGCUCUGAAGCAAGUUCAAAAUACAACACACUUCCUAAAUUGUUUGCUUAACAAGCUGCUUCUGACUACAAGAACUCAAAUUACUUCAGAUUUCUCUAUUGUAAGCAGAGGCCAGCUCUGGAAGCCAAGUAGGGCAGGUUGGCAUUUGUCAUACCAGCAGAAAACAAAACACAAAACCACACCAAACCAUACACACAGAGUUGGGAACAGCACACCCAUUUCAUGCCAGCUCCUCUUUACUGCUAGGCUAUCUACAGUCCAGACAAUUUAAUACCAUGUUGUGGCUGGCCAGACAGUAUCAUGUCUCUACAAAAAGAAAAAAAAAUACUAUAAAAAUUUAAAAGUCUCUUUAGCAUUAUGUCCAGCUUGUAAAUUGGAGCCCAACUUACCAGCUGGGAACGACUGUGCCAAGUUACCUGCAUGGCCAGCUAUUUACCCUGGGCCAGAUCUUGCAGCUCUUAGAUCAGGGAAUGCUCCUCCUGCCCUUAAACUGAAGGUCUACAGGACCUGGCUUUCUGCAGCCGUCGGGGGGUGUGGGCAGGGGCACCCAGAGCAGUUCCGUGCUGCCCGUGCGCUGGGAAUUGCGUUGCCGCCGUCUCACAGCUGCAGCUCGUGCCCGGGUUCAGUCAGCAGUAGGGACAGAAGGCCAGUGCACUCCGUACUAUCCCAAUAACCUGCUCCUAGGUAUUUAAAAGCUUUCUGUAUUGUAAAAGCAGCCAGGCAGCAUCUCGCCUGCAUCCUCCAGCCUCUCGGACUUCCCAGGACUUCCUACCCCCCCCCCUACUGAAGCACAUCCAUUUCAUUAGACAGGACUUGCAAGCAAUACUUGAGAUUUAGGAGUUUUUAAAUGUUCACCAAUAAAUUCCAAGGCCAUUUCUCUUCCAUGUGGUUGAAGAGCUUCUGUUUUGACUCUCUAAUGUUUUAUUAAAAACCUGGAGGUCCUGCAGUUAGCACACAGCUGUGAAAGUUCAAGGGAACUUACAUGGGUUUUUUGGACGUAACUUUCAUGGCUAUUUGGGGGUUUUUAAAUCAUAAGGAAACUUUGCUUCUAGUAGCUAGCUAGUAUUUAGGUGUUUGCUUCUUUUGUAGCCUUGUCUGGGGCUGUUUCAGUGACACUACCUUAUGGUUCCGUUUCAUUGUGCAAUGUUGUUGUUUCAAGCAUUUUGUUUAGAAGAGUUACCUGUUCUGAAAUGUUAUGGAAAUAAAUCUGGCAGACAGAAGGAAAAAAGAAAGAGAAAAAAGCAGCACUGUGAUCCAGGUUACCACAAUGUACUUGUGAUUAAUUACCAGGUAGAGGGGUUAGGUGAAGGAAUGUGUUUUCUAUUAAGAAAAAGUAAGACACAUGAUAUGCAAAGGUGUCCCCAGGUGAGCCAUGUUGAGGGCCUGCUCUGCUCUGCCCAGUCCCUCGGUGCAAGCGUGCCCAGGGAGGGCAGCUGGAGCACAGGCAUGUCAGGACUGGGACCAGUCCUUGGCCACUGUAGCACGGUCUCCCCACAGCUGCCAGUUACCUACCUAGGUCUCCAGUGGAAGCAGGGACGAUGUGUUUGGUUCAGGCUAUUUGGGAUUCAGGUACUGAGAGCUGUAGGUCAAACCUCUCUCUCCAUGAAAGCCUUAACUCCCCACUCCUGCCCCCCACAGCAACUAUCCUCACCUCUGUUUUGGCCUUAUGUUAACCAGGACUGUCCUUCUACUGCAAGGGGGCUGAACCAGCUCCCACUAAUUGUAAAUGCCUCACUGGAUUUUCCUACUCAAAGCCACUGUCUCCCUCUAGAGAUCAAGUGCCAUCCCUGAACAACUUCUGUUCCUUCUGGUCUUGUGCUACCACUGCCUGAGCCUGGGUUCUUCAGCUCACUGCACUGUACCAAGUGCCAGGUGCUAAGCACCCCCUCAUCCCUUGGGAAACAAAAGCUUUCAGCACCUCUCAGAAGGAGCUCCUAGAAGUGCACACCCACACUACAAUGGCUGCUACGAACAGCCUUCCCCUUGAGAAGGUCUCUCAGAAUCCAGACUAACUCUGUACACCAGUGUUGAGCCACAAGUACAAAAAACCAAACCAAGCCAAGUGAAGGCACCAGCUUUUCCCAGACAAGAAUACAGAUGAGCACCUUUCUUUUGGUGUGGCUACUGCCCAUGGCUUCAGCAUCUAGUAGGAUUCAGCAGUCAUUCCACAUCCCCUCCAGGCAAAGCCAUAUUGAGAACUAUGCAGUUCUGCUCUUGCACUGUGGUCAUCUGAUGGUCCUCAGGAAGAGCUCUACAUUGACUGAUUCAUGAUAAGGUGAAAACAUCCAGCUGUAUCUUUCCAACAAUCAUAGCUGAGAUUGUGCAGUAGAAUGAGGAGGGAAGGUUACACCAGAUGUCUAAGUAAGGUAGAUGAUCUGGAGGUAAGUUCAGUUCUUUGUGUUCCAGUAGAGAAAUGGGAGAGAGCAAGGGGCCAGCAACACAAAUGCUGCUCUGUUGUGAGUCCAGUUCUGCUCAGAUUCAGUCAUUUUUUUGCCUAACCUUAUCUCUAGCAAGAGGACAAGCAGCUGUGUUCCUAAAUAAUUCCCUUACCUUGCCACAGCUAUCUGCAUCUUGAAUUGCCACUUCCUGAGCUUUCAGCCGAGUUCCUCCCUCCUGCAUGCAAGAGUUCAGGGUUCUCCAACUCUGGGUUUCCAGCUCCACUUUGGAGUGGAAGGUGCAACUCAAGGGAGACCUUCCUUGGCAAAGGGGGAGUGCAGGUGUUAGCUGAGUAAUGAGGACCAAGCCCCUAUGAAGUCUUAACUAAAGCAUUAAUUUCUGAUUUUUUAAGAGUCUUAUCAGGUGAAAUCUAUAUGCAUAUAUGACAAAACACCCACAACUUUGUGCCUACAUCCUUCCCCAGAUCCUCAAUUUCUGCUCAUCACUGGAAGGGGGGGUCAGUAAGGAUUGCACAGUGGUAGUAAAUUGCAACACAAAACCAAAACCACCUUGAAAACAUUCUGUUCCUCUUUAUCCCCAGGAAGGGACAGAACCUCCCGGGUACUCUGCCAUUCAGCAGGACCUUGACAGGGCAUUGAAGUGAUGUGUUACGUGUCAGGAAAUCUGGAGGAGAAACUCCUUGACUUCAGUGAAGGGCAGCUUAGGCAUGCAGCUCUUUCCCCAGAGCCUGUGCUGCAGAUCCCCGGUGCUGAAAGGCAUGGUCGGGUUCCAGCAAACCUCGGUACCUUUGUGUGCAGGGUCUUGCCUUGUCCAGUGGGGGGAGGGAGGAGAAAAGGGUUGUUUUGCAGUUCAUUUUCCUGCUGUAGAAGACUUGAUUUUUCUUUCCCUGAGCCGCAUGAGAGGAACAUCCCAGAAAGUCUUGGGUUACCUUUGGAGUUCCCUUCACUUUAAUUUAUAUAGUGUCUUUUUUUGUGAACUGGUGUAAAAUGUAUAUGCCGAAAAGCUCAUGUAUUUUUAUGUAAAUAUUUUUUGUGGUUUCCCCACUUGCCCUUCUCUGUAAAUAUUUACAAUUCUCAUAUUCUUCUCACCUUGUAUGAUGCAGAUGUGGUUUUGUUUCUGUUUUUUAUUUGUACUGUAAUGCAACAAUGCAGACUGAGGUGUCUUGUGGUAUUAAACAAAAGCAACAGUCCCACUGAGCUCACACUCAGAUGUACAACUUGACAGCAUUAAUCAAGCCAGGUUAAAAACUA